CGCAAUUUAUAUCAAUUUUUUAUUAAUUUCAAUUUUGUAUCCUUUAAAGUGCCUUAGUACCACCAACAAGACUGAUGUCAAUUAAGUAAGAAUUUUUACAAUCACAAAAUCAACAAUUUCACCGUCAAUGCAAUCAUUUGUUAGGAUAUUUUUAGUUUUCCACUAGCGAUGAAGCUGAAAAGUCAAAUUUUAAUAUUUCUCCUGAUUUUUGGGGUUUAUGGUAAAAUCCAGGACGAUAAUCAGGCACAACAAAAUGUGAUAAGUGAAGUAGGAUCAUCAAAUGGCACAACAGACUCAAAAGAAGGUAAAAAAGAAUCAGAAGUGCUGGAAGCAACUUUAGAGGAACGAAGAGUCGACGAAUCUCCAUGUUUUCAUGCUGACAUCAAUCAAUUUUGUUUUGAAAAGGAACCGACAAAAGGUUGUGAAUGUGAGCAGUUUAGGGAUGCAAUAAUCUGCUGUAAUGUGACUGACAUCCUGAAAUCUAUUGGUUGUUUGAGCAUGAAUGCCUCAACAUAUAAGAAUAUUCAUGUUAUCAAUGCUACACAAGCUGAAAUUAAUGUGACACAGUUGAAUUCAUUAAAACAAGUUGACUCAUUGGUGAUUACGGAUGGAAAUGUUAGCAGACUUGUUGGACAGUUUGCCAGGUUCUCAUCUAUUAAGUGUCUUAACUUUUCGAACAAUAACAUCACAGAAAUCAACGAAAGAGCUUUCAUGAACCUUAAUCAACUGAAGAUUGUCGAUUUGUCAGCCAAUAAUCUUACAAAACUUCCUAGUCUGCAAAACACAACCGUCGACAUCCUCGGAAAUUCAAAAAUAUCAUGCAUCAACAUCUCAGCUGCAUUAGAAAAGGACGUAAAAUUCUUCAACAAAGAGAAGUCACUCUGUGAAAGCGAGGUGGUCUACUGGUUCAAUGACACAGCAUCCAUAACAAUCUCAGACGUCGAAAAGCGCAAAAAACUCGAAUAUGACUGCCCAGAAAAGUGUCGAUGCAAGCCAGGACACAUGCAAUAUACAAACAUCGAAGAAAAUAAGAAAGAUCAUUUAAUUUUCAUCUCAGACGUCGAUUGUUCCAACUCUGGACUCAUAAAGCUACCGACUAAGUUGCCUGAGAAUACUUACUAUUUAAACAUCACAAACAACAGCAUUUCAUCACUCUCUGCACUGGUUACGAAUGACUAUUACUUGAAUAUUAAGAGCUUAUUUGCUGAUGAUAAUCUUAUCACAUCUAUUGUUGACUUGGAGGGGUCGAAAUUUUUGGAGAACUUUACGGUGCUGUCGUUGAGGAAUAAUAAGAUAAAAGAUAUUCCGUACUAUAUAUUGUCGAAUUUAGAGAAGAAUCUCAAUGGAAAGAUCCUCUACCUCGGCGGCAACCGUCUCACCUGCGAAUGUCACAUCGUCAAGAACAUUAACCACUGGCGCCUAAUCAACGAUUGUGACAAGAUUCUCUGCAACAACAUGCAAGCAAAAAUCCUAGAAUUAAAAGAAACUGAACUCUGUAAAUCAGGAAUUGAUGAUUGGGCAAAUUACAUCGAAUAUCUGAUUGUGAUUGAAGUUCUACUGCUUAUUGCGCUGUUUACAAAAGUCUCGUAUGAUUACUAUGUGUUUAAGAAAACUGGUUUCUUGCCAUUUCCUGCAAGUUACAUCAUUUUGUACAAUCAAAAGUGAGAUUAUGAUUAGAGUUGGAGUAGGUAAGGAGUACAUUUGGGUAGAUUAGGGGCUUUUGCAACAAAAAUUUUGAAUUUAUUGAAGUAAAUUUGCGUAUUUUUAAGGAAGAAAAUUGAAAAUUUGUAGGAUUUUUUGUAUUAUUUUGAAGAAUUUAACUGUGCAAUCCAUGACAAAAUGUAAUAAUGUGAGGUAAUUAAGUGAUAAGUUCAAAAAUAUAUUUUUAAUUGCCAAAUAAAAGAGCUUUUAGAGCUGAUUUUUUGAGAGUAAAGAAA